AUGUCUGCCCUUCGCGCGCUCUCGAAACACACCCGCUCGCUCUCGUGCACCAGCAUGACGUCGCCGCGCCCCGCCGUGCGCGCUUUCCACUCGCCCUUCAAGGUGCUCUCCCAGUCCCAGUCCCAGUCGCCGCUCACCGCGCCGCCCGCGCCCACCGCGAACGUCUACGAGAAGCAGCUCGACCACUCGCCCGACCCGCAGGUCUCGUCUGCUGGCAUGCGCACUUACGUUGUGUCCGAGCCCGACCCCUCAAAUACGCCCUACGAGGUGCCCUCUGGCGCGUACCCGACGUCCGCGCCGUACCAGAACUACACCGCCGCAGAGGCGCCCACACCUGAGGGUACGCGUCCUGCCUCAACCAGCUCUAGCUUCGCUCACCCCAUCGCCGACGCCGCCCCGCAGAACCCCUCGGGCGUUAUGGAGAGCUCAGCUAUUAGACACGGGGAGGCUCCCGGCGAGAUGCAUCAGCGGGGCGGCAGCAGUGGGGGCCUUGGUUUGAUGGACAAGGCCGGCACGAAGAGUGGACAGGGCUCGCUCGCCGACAGGAAUCCCCAGCCUGAUGGUGCUGUAGCCGAGAAGUACUCAAAGUUGGGCGUCGACAAUGCUUGGAAGGCUCGCAAGUGA